UGUCUUAGCGUUUUGUAGAGCCUUUCCAGUGUGCCACCUAGCGAUUUGGUGCCUUAGCCGCUGGUUGCCGCUGCUGCCUGACGCAGUGUCGAGGAAGGAUACCAUGAUGAAAGGGAAGAUGGGGAAGAUCAAAUCGGCCAAGAUGGAGGCUGGCGCGCGUAUGGCAGCCGCACAUCGGAGCCGCAUGGAAGACUUUGUCCUGCCGACCAGCGGCUCCUGCAAACCUUCGGAGGAUGGUUCCCAUUGCACCGGAUGCUUUGAAAUGGCGAUGUGUCAACAUCCCUACUGUGGAACCUGCGGCUUUUGCUCCAGCAGUGGUGUCUUUGAUCGUGAGCGUGAGCUUCUCGAUUAUCAGUGCAUGUGCGAGAGAUGUGCCAAGGCCAUGAACAGGUGCUGUGCUUGUGGGAUUGCAUUCGACGGGACGCCCAUUGAGGUGAGCUUGCCUCUAAACCAUGGGCCUGGCAGUGGUGACGAGGCCUUCGACGACGUAGCGUUUCCAGACGAAGACACCACUUCUUGGUCUGAGCGUAUGGAUGCAGCUCUUGAGGUGGCAAGACAGUACAGUGGAUUUUCAAAGUUUCAUGAGACCUACCCGCCUCUCUUUAGCGAACUCUGGGACAGGUAUGACCCAGGUCACACUGGCUACAUCAAGGCAUCAGAGGCCGAAGCAUUUGCCAACGACAUGGUGGCUGCUGGAUGGAAGGAUUGGGCACCUUCUGCCCGUGAUCGUCGGCUGUGGCGCCAAAUUGAAGAAGAAUGUGGUGAGAUCAGCCUGGAGCAAUUUGCAGAGAUGAGUGAAAAUGAAGAGUUUGCAGUGUGAUGGGACUGAGAUGCAUUGGCACGCAAAUGAGAUGCACUUCCAGUCACAGAGCUUUCUGGAGCCCAAUAGAAUGCCUUUAAAAGGCAUUUAAUUUGGACCAAUUCCUUGAAGAAUUUGAAGGCUUCAUUGACGGCCGCCAUUUUGAUGGCCCCAUCCAGUCAUCCCGGUUUGUACAGUGGCCGCCCAAUUGAUUCAAGUGGCUGACAGCGUCCGUUCUGAUGGAUGCGCGGAA